AUGUAAGGAAUUUAGUCUAAUAUUUUAUACGUGAAUUCUUUAAUUAAUGAAGAUUCAUCCUCUUUUUAGAAAAAAAAAUUUUAAAAUACAUAAUAAAAAUAAUAAGAGUAAGAAGAAGACGAAGAAUGUAUUAAUUUAGUUUAAAAUUUAUCUAAUAAUCCUUUAAUUUUUUAUAUUUUAAUUAAAUCUUUAUGUCCAACAAUUUUCGGACAUGAGUUAAUUAAAGCAGGCCUUCUUUUGGCUAUUUUGGGAGGUUCAUAAGAUUCUUAAAAGAGUAAUUUUUACAAAGAAAAUGAUAAAAAUUAACUUAAUUUUAGAACUGAUUGUCAUGUGCUACUUAUAGGAGAUCCGGGACUAGGAAAAUCUUAAUUAUUGAAGUUUAUAGCUAAUAUUUCAUAGAGAUCGAUAUAUACUUCAGCAAGUAGUUCUUCAAAUGCAGGACUUACAGUAAGUAUUUGUAAAGAUUAGAUUACUGGGGAAAGUACUUUGGAAGCUGGGGCUCUUAUUUUAAGUGAUUAAGGAGUGUGUUGUAUUGAUGAGUUUGAUAAAAUGUAGUCAGAGCAUUAUAUUUUAUUAGAGGCUAUGGAAUAAUAAUCUGUUUCUUUAGCAAAAAGUGGAAUUUUAUGUAGUUUGUAAGCUAGAUGUUCUAUUAUUGCAGCAGCUAAUCCGAAAGAUGGACAUUAUAAUAAAUAGAAAAAUGUUAAGGAUAAUAUUAAAAUUAGUAACGCAAUUUUAUCUAGAUUUGAUCUUAUUUUUCUAUUAUUAGACAAAUGUGAUCCAUUAAGGGACUAGAAAUUAUCUGAACACGUUAUGAAAUUACAUUCUAGAAAAAGAAUCAAAACAGAAAAUUUUUAAGCUGAAGAAUCAUCUAUUUCUUUUAAUGUUUAUGAGUUCAAAAUUAAGGAUUAUAUCUAAGAUGUUUAAUAUUCUUCUUUUACUGAAAAAUUAUAAAAAAAAUGUUCUGAAAUCAAUGAUAUUCUACCACCUUAAGCAAUUAAAAAAUACCUUACUUAUAUUAAAAAAUAUGCAACCCAAAAUUAAGUAUUUAAGCUGCAGAAACUAUAAAAGAUUUUUAUUUAGCCUUAAGAGAAUAAUAUACUGAAAAUUCAUAAAUUCCAAUAACAAAUAGACAAUUAGAAUCUUUAAUUAGAUUAUCUUAGGCUCGUGCAAAAGUUGAAUGUAGAGAUGUAGUUACUAAAGAGGAUGCUUUG